AUGGUAACCAAGAAAGGGGUCGAGGCGAACCCGGAGAAAAUACGCGCGGUGAUGGAUAUGCGUCCGCCCCGGAGCAUAAAGGAGGUACAGAUGCUAGCAGGAAGAAUUACUGCGCUGAGUCGUUUUAUCUCUCGGGCUGCCGACACGAGCUACCCGUUUUUCAAGAUCUUGCGGAAGGGGCAUCUGUUUGAAUGGGGCCCCGAGGCCGAUCGCGCCUUCGAACAGCUGAAGGAGACACUAGCCCGCUUGCCCCUACUCGCGAAACCAAGAGUAGGGGAGAAACUUUAUGUGUACUUAGCCGCCGGGGAGCAAGCUGUGAGCGCUGUACUCUUAAGCGAACGCGAGGGAGUACAAUGUCCCGUCUACUACGUGAGUCGAGUGCUCAAGGGAGCCGAGAGAAGGUACGCAGAGAUCGAAAAGAUGGGGCUGGCCCUCGUUCUUACUGCUCGGAAGUUAAGACCGUACUUCCUAUCACAUUCAGUAGUAGUAAGAACUAAUUUCCCUCUAAAAAAUACGUUGGGCCGGAUGGAUGUGUCAGGCCGGAUGGUUAAAUGGGCGGUUGAGUUGGGCCAGUUCGAUAUUGAAUACGAGCCCCGCGCGGCCAUUAAAGGCCAGGCGCUAGCCGAGUUCCUGCAAGAAACAAUACGAGGAGAACAGGAAGCCGAGUGGAAGGCCUUUAUAGAUGGGUCGUCAAACCAGUCCGGAAGCGGAGCAGGGAUCAUGCUGAUAAGUCCCACGGGUGAAGAAUACGAGUACGCAGUCAGAUUGGCCUUUCGGGCCUCAAAUAACGAGGCGGAGUAUGAAGCCCUCAUAUAUGCCCUCCAGCUAGCCGCAGAAGCAGGGGCAAGCUGUCUAGAGGUAUAUUCGGACUCCCAGCUGGUGGUCCAGCAGAUGAAAGGGAUAUUCGAGACAAAGGAUGAAAGGAUGGGAGACUACUGCAACAAAGCAAGGAAACUGUCUGCCGGUUUCCGUAGGAUAAUCCUCGAACAAAUCCCAAGAAACGAGAAUGAGAGAGCCGACUUCUUAGCCAAGGUCGGAAGCUUAUCUACCGAGUGUGAGAGCAGGAAAAUAACUAUUCUCCAGGGUCAUCCCCGGGAGUGCGAGGAGGUGAUUGUAGCGAGCGCGGUAGAUGAUUGGCGCACUGAUAUUAUUCGAUGUCUCGAGGGGCACGAGCUGCCCUGCCGACGCGAGCAGGAUAAGUUGGUGGCAAGAAGUAGAGGGUUCUGCUUAGAGCGAGGUUCGCUGUACAAGAGGGGGUUCACGAGACCCCAUUUAAAAUGCCUAGGCAGGGCCGAGGGAUUACGCGCGAUCAGAGAGGUACACGAGGGCUGCUGUGGAGACCAUGCAGGGGGAAGAAUGCUGGCCAUGCGGCUGCUGAGGGCAGGGUAUUUCUGGCCCACCAUGCGGAAAGAUUCGAUCCAGUUUGUUAAGGCCUGUGAUAAGUGUCAGAGAUAUGGACCUCGGAUACGCGUGCCGGGAGAAGAGAUGACUAUAGUGGACGCCCCUCGCCCUUUCCUACGAUGGGGAAUAGACAUCGUCGGGCCAUUGCCCAUAGCAACCGGACAAAGGAAGUUUUUGGUAGUCGCCAUUGACUACUUCUCCAAGUGGGUCGAAGCGGAGGCUGUAGCCAGGAUCACGGACACGGAAAUCAUGAAAUUUAUCUGGCAAAAUAUAUGUUGUCGGUAUGGGAUUCCGAGGGACCUCGUCUCGGAUAACGGCACCCAAUUCAAUUCAGCAAAGAUAACGAAAUGGUGCAGCGGCUUGGGGAUAGGUCAGAGGUUUGCAGCAGUGGCCCACCCGCAAGCGAACGGGCAGGUGGAGGUAACAAACAGAAUCCUGAUGGAGGGUAUCAAAAAGCGAUUAGAGAAGUCGAAAGGCAAUUGGGUAGAGGAGCUACACUCGGUCUUAUGGGCACACCGGACGUCGCCAAAAGAAGCAACAGGAGAAACCCCGUUCUCUCUUGUUCAUGGUUCCGAGGCGGUGAUACCACUUGAGAUCGGCCUCCCGUCUAGUCGAAUGCGAGGACACAGUGACAUCAUAAACGACGAGGGGUUGAGAAUGGAGUUGGAUCUGAUCAUGGAAAGAAGGGAACAAGCCGUGAUCCGGAUGGAAGCUAACAAGGCAAGAAUCAAGAAUGCGUACGACAAAAAAGUGAGGAAAAGAAUAUUCCAGGUAGGAGAUCUGGUGCUCAAACAGGCAGACGCUUUGAAAGCUGUAGGGAAGAUGGAACCCAACUGGGAGGGGCCAUAUAUAAUAAAAAAAGAUGAAUACACGAGUAAGAUAAAUGCCGUGGCCUCAUUGCGUGGCAUCGUUUAUCCGUCUACGUCGCAUCUGUCCGAGCCAUCAUUUGUUAAGACCAAAGGACGACCAAAGAAUAACUCGACAAAGAGAGACCCUUCUGGAUGGCAGUAUCAUAUUGAUGAGGAGACAAUUAAGUCGUCUUGUGGUUCCAAGGGUCGCCAAACCUCAUCUGGUGCAAAGAUUCCUAAAACAAAGGUUGAGAGAAACACUGAUGGAACGCCUCAAUCGAAGAUGAAAGGUCGUGGUUCUCGUAUUCUCACACAAGAAUCUGCUGCCCCUACAAUACCUGCACAUGAAGGAAUCGACUUUUAUUCUUUCGUGCCCAGAUUUAUGGUCCGUCUUAUUCAAGAUUAUGUUAACGUGAUGGCGGAUGGCAACUGUGGGUACCGGUGCGUUGCUCAAGCCGUGUACGGGGAUCAAGAAAGAUGGCCGCAAGUGAGAGGGGAGUUGCUUAUUGAGUUAUACGAGCAUGCUAGUGUCUACACGGCGAUGUUUGGCAGUACCGGAUACGUUGAGGUCAUACGCAAGUGUGACUGGACCUCAGGGCCUUGUCCACAAGCUUAUUGGAUGGACAUGAAUGAAAUGGGAUUGGCCAUUGCUACCAGAUACAGUGCAUUAGUGGUACUUUUGACUCAAGUAGGGAGUAUGACUUACCUUCCUAUGUUUGGCAGUGGUCACUUAUCAUGUAUGAUUGUUGUGACAUUGCACAACAAUCAUUUCAUGUUUGUUAAUUUGGUCGCAAAUAGUCCACUACCACCAAUCCAUCCGGCAUGGGUACACCAUAGAGCUAAAAACUUGAGGCACUUACUCAAAACGUACAAACCCCGACUACUCUUGUACGAACAAUUAAAGUCUGGUCGGUAG